AAGCAUCUCAUCUGCCAGCUCCACAAAGCCCAAGAAUACAUGCUCGAGUGACACACUGAUUGCACAUUAUAUGUGCACAUGAGCCAUGGCUGCUGAUCACUGAUCCUACGUACUGCAAGACUAGCGAAUUCUAACCAUGAUCACCGCUGGAGCCAUCCUUUCUCUCGUGAUGAUCAUCUUCUUCUCCACCGUCUGCAACUCCGACCCGGACCUCCUCUUCGACUACUGCGUCGCCGACACGACGUCUGCCGCCGCGUCGUUCCACUUCAACGGCCUGCCGUGCAUCGACCCGGCGACGGCGUGCGCCGACCACUUCGCGACCUCGGCGCUCUCCGAGCCCACGGACCCGUCCGCCACGCUCUUCGGCUUCAACGCGACGAUGACCAGCCCGGCCGCGUCCCUCCCGGGCGCGAACGCGCAGGGGCUCGCCAUGGCGCGCGUCGACCUCGCGCCCGGCGGCAUGGCGCCGCUGCACUCCCACCCGCGCGCGUCGGAGGUGGCGCUCGUGAUCUCCGGCGGCGUGCUGGUGGGGUUCGCCGACACGUCGUACCGGCUGUACACGCAGCGGCUGCGCGCCGGCGAGGCCUUCGUGUUCCCGAGGGGCAUGGUGCACUUCAUGCGCAACGAGGACGCCUCGUCCCCCGCCGUCGUGCUGUCCGGGCUCAACAGCCAGAACCCCGGCGCGCAGCUCGUGCCCUUCUCGGCGUUCCUGACGGAGCCGCGGCUGCCCGACGAGGUCGUCAAGAAGACGUUCAGGAUCACCGGGCAGGACGUGCAGAGGAUCCAAAGGAGCCUCGGUGGGUCGUAGAGGAAAAAAUCGCCUAUGCCUGCAUCUAGUAUACUACUCGGCUACUCCUUACAUAAUUACUCAUGUGCUACGACAGGAGUCCAAAUAUUGUACGCGAUCGUCAUGACUUAUCUGUCAUUUUUUUACUAAUGUGAUUAUUAUACAUACUAUCAAA